CGCCCAGCUGACAUUUAACUCGUAUGUUUCGCUACCCGUCUCCCGGUGCCGCUUGAUUUGAUGACCGGGCACUCGAGCUCUAACCAUGUUAUCUUCCGCAGGUCGACCGAGUUCUACGAGAUCAUGGACAUGGUCGACAAGCGUCUCAACGACAAAGGCAAGAACUGGCGACAUGUCCUGAAGGCACUCAAGGUGCUGGACUAUUGUUUGCACGAGGGCUCCGAGCUUGUGGUUACCUGGGCAAAACAGAACCUGUUUAUCAUCAAGACGCUGCGCGAGUUUCAGUACAUUGACGAGGAUGGGAGGGACGUUGGGCAGAAUGUCCGGGUCGCCUCGAAGGAGUUGACGUCGCUCAUCUUGGACGAGGACAGGUUGCGAGCCGAGCGCAGCGAUAGAAAGACGUGGAAGUCUCGUGUUACCGGCCUCGAAGAGUUCGCCCCUCAGCACAACGAACCGGUCCAGCCGCGACGUCACCGACCCCGCCCACAAGGCCACGACGAGGAAGAUGCCGAAUACAAACUUGCCAUCGAGGCGAGCAAGUACCAAGAGGAGGAGGAUCGUAGGAAGCGCGAGAGCCGAACUACGGUCGUGGACGACGACGAUGACCUUGCCAAGGCCAUUAAGCUGAGCAAGGAGGAGGAGGAGCGCCGGCGGCGCGAGCUGGAAGACAGCAACGCCAACUCCCUGUUCGACGACGACGGACCUUCCCAGCUCUCCCAACCGCCUCAGCCCACCGGAUACAACCAAGGGUAUCAGCAAGGCAGCGCCGUCGAUUUCUUCGCGAACCCGAUCGACCACAGUCAGAUGCAGAUGCAGCAGCCCACCGGUUACAUGGCCAACGCCUAUCCUGGAUUCCAGACUCAGCCGACAGGUUAUCCCAAUGGGUACACCAACGGCUUUGGCGCCCAGCCGACCGGAUUUGAUAUGUACGGACAGCAAAACAUGCAACAACAGAACAUGCAACCGGCCUUCCAACCGCAGCCCACAGGGUUCAACCCAUAUGCCCAGCAGCAAAUCCAGUCUCCCGUUCAGCAAGAGCCAGCUCCCCAGCCUGGCAGCCACAACCCCUGGGCGACACAACAGCAGCAACAGCAAUCGGGCCUCAAGCCAAUGCCGACGGGGUCCAACAACCCAUUCGCCCAGCAGAGCUUCAAUAGGCCACAGGCUUUCAAAGUACCCUCGAUGCCGAGCCUCGGCAGCUUACCUGAGCAGAAGACCCUUUCUACCUUUAAUCAGUCCUCGAACUCGUUCAGCACACCGCAACCGACUGUUCAAGCCCAGCCGCAGAGAGAGUUGAACGAGCAUGAAGCGAAGUUGAAUUCGCUGCUGGCCGCUGGUGACGGGAUGGACACGUUCGGUAACACGGGCAAUCUGCGUAUACCGUCGCAGCACACGGCCCCGGGAACCUUUGUCAACAGCGCUGGCGCUGGCCUGAACAAGAUGACGGCAGACGCGACAGGAAACAACCCAUUCAUGAGGCAGCAGUUCACCGGCAUGCCAACCGUGUCGUAUGGGGGCCACCAAAUGCCCGCCGCCACUGGUCCGGCAGGCAUGAAUACCUUCGGGGGUCAGGGGGGAGGUCAGGGGACGAACAAUCCUUUUGCUCAACGCCCACAGCAGCAACAGGGCAACCAUGGAGAUUUGAUUCAGUUUUAAGAGUUGGAGCAGCAGACCGUUUUCGGGGGGGGAAGAGGAUUCCGUGAUUGUUGGGGAGGAAGUUGGGAACUCAGCUGGCACCUCGUUUUUUUUUUGAGGGCGUGCAAGUUGACCUUGACUUGCACAAGGCGUCAUGAUCCAGGAGCUUUGUCUACCUACGCCCCUUCCUGUCAAAUUAUCAUUGACAAUCCAUUCUAUAGCAUGGGGCAGGAUGCCAUAUUUUUGCGUUUGAAAUGGCAACCUGAAAAGUGCGUGGGAGAUCAGGGGGGUACGAGUCGAAGUGGCUCCGUCCCAGCCCCUAGACUUCUCCAGCAUCCAGUAGCUGAAUUCACUUACAAUGUAUCUAUUUAAAGAUGACUCGAACCUUUAACAAUAAGCAGCGUGGAUUUUCUUUGCCUGUCAUCUCGUGACUGUGACUAGCUACCUUAAGUUCCUAGUCACAAGGCAGG